AUGAUGACGCCGGAACAAUGUGAAUUUAUUGCCGGUAAUGAAUGGAUUCAGAUAAAUCCGCAGUUUAAUUUGGAUGAAUUGCAUCUGAUAUGUGGUGAUAUUGGACCAUUUGAAGCUGGUAUGCCUAUUUGGGUACCACUCUGGAUAGCAGUUACGUUAAGGAAAAGGCGAAAAUGCACUAUCAUUCCACCACAAUGGUUAUGUGUGGAGGAGUUGAAAAAGCUUGUAAUAGCGGAAAGUGGAACUAAUGCAUUUGGACAAGUACCACGGUUUUAUUUGGAAAUAGCUCACAUGUUCGUACAAUAUGCCAAAGAAGAUCUUCCGGAUAGCGAUAUGAUACGAGUUUAUGUACAAGAUUUAUGGGAUAAGCGAUCUGCAAAGCUCAACAAUUCAUCGACUAAAUUUUUGGGACAGGUAGAAUCAUGUCAUGCAAGAAUGGACAAUAUUACUUUGAUGGAAGUAGCGUAUAUUAAACGAUCACUAAUUACAGCCAGUCGUGAAAUUGAAGCGCUUAACAAGUCGUUUCAUGAAUUAUCCAGUCAAAACAGCAGUGAUCAAAGAUAUGUAAUAGCUUGA